AUGGGACUUUUUUUUUUGUUUCAGUCUGACGCAAAUGCAAGUUACCUGAGAGCCGCUCGAGCCGGCAACUUGGAAAAGGCUCUUGACUACUUAAAAAAUGGAGUGGACAUCAACAUUUCAAAUCAGAAUGGGUUGAAUGCUCUCCAUCUCGCUUCCAAAGAAGGACACGUAGAAGUUGUCUCUGAACUGAUACAGCGAGGUGCCAGUGUGGAUGCAGCAACAAAGAAAGGAAACACAGCAUUGCACAUAGCAUCCCUCGCUGGACAAGCAGAAGUAGUCAAAGUCUUGGUUACAAAUCGGGCCAAUGUCAAUGCACAGUCUCAGAAUGGUUUCACUCCACUGUAUAUGGCAGCCCAAGAAAACCAUCUGGAGGUUGUUAAGUUUCUUCUUGACAAUGGUGCCAGUCAAAGCCUUGCCACAGAGGAUGGUUUCACGCCUUUGGCAGUAGCUUUGCAGCAAGGUCAUGACCAGGUGGUUUCACUGCUGCUUGAAAAUGAUACAAAGGGAAAAGUCCGUCUUCCUGCCCUUCACAUCGCUGCUCGCAAGGAUGAUACGAAGGCAGCAGCUCUGCUCCUGCAGAACGACCACAAUGCUGAUGUGGAGUCAAAGAGUGGGUUUACUCCUCUCCACAUAGCUGCUCAUUAUGGAAACAUCAACGUAGCUACAUUACUGUUGAAUCGGGGUGCUGCUGUGGACUUCACUGCAAGGAAUGAUAUCACACCUUUGCAUGUUGCAUCGAAGAGGGGAAAUGCAAACAUGGUCAAACUCCUACUUGAUCGAGGAGCUAAAAUUGAUGCCAAAACAAGGGAUGGGUUGACCCCCCUCCAUUGUGGUGCAAGAAGUGGUCAUGAACAAGUUGUGGAAAUGCUGCUGGAUCGUGGUGCCCCUAUUCUUUCCAAAACCAAGAAUGGUUUGUCUCCGUUGCACAUGGCAACACAAGGAGAUCAUCUAAACUGUGUUCAGCUUCUGAUUCAGCACAACGUGCCUGUAGAUGAUGUCACUAAUGACUAUCUGACUGCGCUGCAUGUUGCCGCCCACUGUGGCCACUAUAAAGUUGCCAAGGUUCUCUUGGACAAGAAAGCUAAUCCUAAUGCCAAAGCACUGAAUGGUUUCACACCUCUUCACAUAGCCUGCAAGAAGAACAGAAUGAAAGUAAUGGAACUUCUUCUGAAGCAUGGUGCAUCAAUUCAAGCUGUGACUGAGUCGGGCCUAACUCCAAUCCAUGUUGCUGCCUUCAUGGGACAUGUAAAUAUUGUAUCACAGCUAAUGCAUCAUGGAGCAUCACCCAACACUACCAAUGUGAGAGGAGAAACGGCGCUGCACAUGGCUGCCAGAGCUGGCCAAACAGAGGUCGUUCGAUACCUGGUACAAAAUGGAGCCCAAGUGGAGGCUAAAGCUAAGGAUGACCAAACACCACUGCACAUUUCUGCUCGACUGGGAAAAGCAGAUAUAGUACAGCAGCUGCUACAACAAGGAGCAUCACCAAAUGCAGCUACAACAUCUGGCUAUACACCCCUGCAUCUUUCUGCUCGAGAAGGACAUGAAGAUGUAGCUUCUGUUCUUUUGGAUCAUGGUGCAUCUUUAUCUAUCAUUACCAAGAAAGGAUUUACUCCUCUACAUGUGGCUGCAAAAUAUGGGAAAAUUGAGGUAGCCAAUCUCCUGCUUCAGAAGAAUGCAUCUCCUGAUGCUGCUGGAAAGAGCGGUUUAACACCACUGCAUGUAGCUGCACACUACGAUAAUCAAAAAGUGGCACUCCUACUGUUGGACCAGGGAGCUUCACCUCAUGCAUCUGCCAAGAAUGGCUAUACGCCACUGCAUAUAGCUGCCAAGAAAAACCAGAUGGACAUAGCAACUACACUGCUGGAAUAUGGUGCUGAUGCCAAUGCUGUAACCAGACAGGGUAUCGCCCCUGUACAUCUUGCCUCUCAAGAUGGCCACGUGGACAUGGUGUCAUUGCUUCUUACUAGAAAUGCUAAUGUAAAUCUUGGCAACAAGAGUGGACUGACGCCACUCCACCUGGCUGCUCAAGAGGAUAGGGUCAAUGUAGCAGAGGUUCUUGUUAAUCAAGGAGCUGCUGUUGAUGCACAGACCAAGAUGGGAUACACGCCUUUGCAUGUUGGCUGCCACUACGGAAACAUAAAAAUUGUUAACUUCCUUCUUCAACAUUCUGCAAAAGUUAAUGCCAAAACGAAGAACGGGUACACGCCGCUGCACCAGGCUGCGCAGCAGGGGCACACCCACAUCAUCAAUGUCCUGCUCCAGAACGGCGCGUCGCCCAACGAGCUCACUGUGAAUGGAAACACUGCCCUUGCCAUCGCAAAGCGACUUGGCUACAUUUCAGUCGUUGACACAUUGAAGGUGGUGACAGAAGAGACCAUGACUACAAUUACUGUUACAGAAAAGCACAAAAUGAAUGUACCCGAAACGAUGAAUGAAGUUCUUGAUAUGUCUGAUGACGAAGUUCGUAAAGCCAAUGCCCCUGAAAUACUCAGUGAUGCUGAAUAUUUGUCAGAUGUUGAAGAAG